UAAACGUUUUAUGCGUGCAUGUCCACUAUUUGGAAAUCGUAUCUCACGUUCAUUUAUAAUGUGGUUGUCAAGGGAUAACCACGCGACUGAAUGCUAUCUGGGAGGCUUCGGACGUCCAUACCGCCAUUUAAAUUGAAAUGUAGCUGAAAUGGGUAUGGUAAAUAAAUGUACGUUAGGGUAGGGACGGCCCAAGGAUCCCGGAUAGCACUGAUCGUAAACGAACUGGCUAAUAAAUGUGCCUACGCAGCCACAGACAACGUAAUCUUUGACGAAGCUAGGCCACCGUUAACGUGCUGAGCCAGCAUCAGCUCAGCUGUCAGUUGUGUGUGGACCUUGUCCCUUCUGCGUAGCUAAAAGUGUCCCCUCUCCACAGUUUCACGCAGCAUCCAUCCAGUCAGUAGACUCCGGUUGCAUAAGGUUACAUAAUUAUCGGGAAAUCUCGGUAUUGCUGCACCAGAAACAAGCGAAGCAGCCAAAGCAAAGGAUGUAGCUAGAAACACGGAAGUGGGAAGAUUGUGGAAAGGGAGAAGAGCGGGAUCAUUAGGACGUUGUGCCCACAGGCUCGGCGCGUGUGUGUGCGUUGGGGUGCAUGCAGCUUUAGAAUACCGCACUGAUGGAGAAGAGAGACAGGAAGCCGGGCUACUUUGCCAGGUUGAAGAGACGGAGACAGCUCAAACAGAGCCAAUCAGAGAAGGCUAUGGCUGAGCAGAACCCGUCGGAUUCGUCCUUAAAGACGCCCGUCAUCUCCUGCCCAUCCCUCCCUGCUUUUUCUGAUCCUCAGGAGAGGAUAAUACCAAACCCACCUGAAGGUUUAGAUGACAGCAACAACAUGAGCAGCCAGGCCAAGAAAGAGAAGAGGAGGCCCCCCGGGACAGUGGAGUAUACUGUGGGACCCCAAGAAUCUCUAAACAGCAUUGCUCUGAAGUUCAAUAUCACCCCCAACAAAUUGGUGCAGCUCAACCGCCUCUUUUCCCGCAGUGUCUAUCCAGGACAGAAGCUAUUUGUUCCUGACGUGGGCCAAUCGGAAGCCGACUCUCAGUCUGUGGGUUCCUCUGACCCCACCUCCAUCAAAGAUCUAACAGAGAAGGUGUCACAGGAUGGAGACUUCAGUGGCAGAUCAGUAAGACCGCUACGACGUGAGCGGUCUUCCCUGUCCGAGGAUGAGAACCCCGCCAUUGUCAAGUUCAUCAAGAUGAGCUGCAAGUACUUCACUGACGGAAUGGGUGUGGUGGGAGGGGUGAUGAUCGUGACGCCCAACAACAUCAUGUUUGACCCUCACAAGUCGGACCCCCUGGUGAUUGAGCACGGCUGUGAGGAGUACGGCCUGAUCUGCCCAAUGGAGGAGGUGGUGUCUGUGGCCCUCUACAACGACAUCUCCCGCAUGAAGCUGAAGGACGCGCUGCCGUCAGACCUACCCCAGGAUCUGUGUCCUCUGUAUAGGCCCGGAGAGUGGGAGGAGCUGCCCUCAGAGCGCGACCUCAACCCCUUCAGCCGCUACGAGGCGCUGGAUCCCAAACGACCCAUUGUCCUGGACGACAUCGACUCUGCCCUGUCAGACACGGUCAUAGAGAGGGCAGAGUGUGAGCCAGCAGACCAGUCUCCAUCAGACGAGGGUUUCACAGAGCUGGAGCUUCCCUUGAACGGGAGCGCUGAGGAACCAAUGAGUGGAUCCAGGCCACCUGCCAGUGCUACCAGCCAGGACCAGCGGGGAGAGCUCCCAGGAUCUAGUUCCCCUAAACGGGUGGAGUCCCAGUCCCUCUCUGACCCAGUCCCACUGACCUCGCAGAGAGGAGAGGAAGACGAUGAAGGACUGGUCCAGAACCGCUCCAUCGAGGAAACGACCCAAUCACUGCCUGUCCUUUCAGAGACUGAGAAUAACGGUGAACUGUUGAAGCCUGCUAGCCUAGCCACACGCCAAGCCAAAGACGGGAACUCUUCAGGGCAACUGGUGAACGGUGUUAGCGACCAAUCAGAAUCGGCAAUGGACCAAAAUAGGAAGCUGAGCUUGAGUGAGACCGCUGCGGCUUCAGGGAAAUGUUGUUCUCAGGAACCCAGCCCUGCAGAGGAGUGGCUGAGUGAGGAAGAGAAGCGAAAGAGGAGCAACAAGGCGGAGGUGAAGUCUUGGCUGCUGGAGAGGAUGCAGGCGCCCAUCCAAAACAUGCUGCUCUCCACAGAGGAGAAGAGUAAGACCCCGCCCAUGUUCCUUUGCUUCAAGGUGGGCAAGCCCAUGAGAAAGUCCUUCAUCAUUGGCCGGACAUCCAGCCCCGCCCACACGCGAGGAAAACAGCCAGAGUACUGGUUUGCUGUGCCCCAGGAGAGGGUGGACCACCUCUAUGCAUUCUUUGUCCAGUGGUCUCCUGAUGUGUAUGGUAAGGAGGCCAGGGAGCAGGGCUUCGUGGUCGUGGAGAAGGACGAGCUCAACAUGAUCGAUAACUUCUUCAGUGACCCCAAGUCUUCUCGCAGCUGGGAGAUCAUCACCAUCAACGAAGCGAAGCGCAGGCAGAGUUUUGGCAGCUAUGAUGGGGAGGAGCCUUUUGGGGAUCUACUGCCCAUGCUCAGUGACCCCAGUGCUCUGCUACAGGACACACACAUAGAGAAGCUUGCUUGUCGGCUGCCAGCGCGGGUGCAGGGGUAUCCAUGGCGACUGGCUUACAGUACGGUGGAACACGGGACCAGCCUAAAGACCCUGUACAGGAGCCUAUUAGAGGUGGACAGCCCUGUGCUACUGGUCAUUAAAGACAUGGACAACCAGUUGUUUGGGGGAUACUCCACCCAUCCCUUCAGAGUAAGUGAGCACUGCUAUGGCACGGGAGAGACCUUCCUCUUCAGUUUCUGCCCUGAAAUCAAGGUUUACCGCUGGACUGGGGAGAACUCCUACUUUGUGAAAGGCAACACAGAUUCUCUUCAGAUGGGAGGAGGAGGAGGUCAGAUAGGGCUGUGGCUGGAUGCUGACCUGUAUCAUGGCACCACCUCCAGCUGUGCCACUUUCCACAACCAGCCCCUCUCUACUCAGAAGGACUUCAUCAUCCACAGUGUGGAGGUCUGGGCCUUCGAGUAGCCUCCCUCCACCUCAUCCAGUCCCCUCCAAAACCCUCCAGGGGGGAGACCAGGAUCUGGCUUCAACGCCCACCCCUUACUCUACCAGAAUGGGAAGCUGAUAAUUUGACAUGGUUUAUGACAUCUGAUUUGAUGUGGUUUGUCCUGAGGGUGGCAGAGGUGUGAGAAGCUGUGGCUGGUGAAUUUCCCUAUUACUCUAUUGGCUGCCUUAUACCUCCCAUGCCACCCACAGCUAUCCCAGCAUGCAGCCUGCCUACAGAACUCAAAACUUCUACCCACUUGGAGAAGAGCGACAUGUUCCUGGAGGAUCGAAGAGGCAAUUGUCCUAGCUAAUGGAAUCAGUCAUGAGUUAAUUUCAAACACAAUAUCAAAACAUAGGCAAUGAGAUGUGAGAUUGUUGUAUUAGGGAUGUGGCUAGUGGGUGCAAUGCACAUCAAAAAGGAACAAGGUAUCUGGUUACAGGUGAGUAAACACAACCAUCAAUUCUCUACAAACGCAGAAAAUCGGAAUAUUCUUGUUGACAAGUCCAUAACAUGUCAGGGGAAAAAACAUGUGAAAAGAGGAAAGGUGAAAGGUUAGAUGUUUUAGGUAGGCAUUUUGUGACUAAUUUCUCUUCCAAAACACAUCUGCCCCAAAACCACUUUAAAUAUAGGAGUAAUUGUUUACAAAGAAGAGGCUUACCAUGACUGAAGGUUCUUGUUUUCAUGUCUCCAGUCCUAAAUAGACUUAAUGAGAAUGUUACAUUGCAUUUCAGAGCAUUCCAUGUCUCUUUCCAAAACAACUGUCAACUAAGAAGGGAACAUAAAGGGGGUUUUGCAAUGACCAAAUGUCGUUUUAUUUUACUUUUGUAUCUGUUUUGUUUGUUUCUCGUCACAUUUUAUAAUUUUUCUUAUGAUUUAUUUGUACAAAGAAUGUAUGAUUUUUGAAAUAGUAUCAUUUUGUUACAGAAUUGUAUUUUUUUUUGGUGAAUGUGUUGGUUUGUUUUCUGUUGUUUUUAGGUAAGUCCUGUAAUCGGCCACAAGGUUGAUACAUCCAAGCACUAAAUAGAUUGAAGAAUCUCAAGGCAGUAUUAGUCUGUCACAUCUUUGACCAACUGUACCUUCUCUUUGUUUUACGGUGUGUUUCUGUAAGUAGAGUGAGUUACUGCAGAGUGAGUUUAGUCUACUCAACUGUUCAUUAGAACACAUGAGCCAAGGGAAGUAAGACGGUUCAAUAACUCCCAAGUUGAUUGGUCUGGUCUGUGGCAUUAACAUCAGUCAUUUGUUUGUGUAUAAACCUGUCACGAUUGUCAUUUUCUGCCACUACAUAAGGGAAGGACCGGUGAGUACUGAAAUUCCGGGAAAGAAAGGGAUAUACCAUUUUAGUUUUUUUUCUUAACGUGUUCUGUUGAGAUCUUAUACCACUGUUUUCCAGACCAAUGUUGAUAAAUGGAGUGUUUUGUUUCUGUCUCAAGUAAGUUACCAUGAGCUGACUAAACCUACUGCAUGAUAUACAGAAAAUACUGUAAUACAGACAAUACUGCUUAAAUAUGACAUUCCCCUUUCUGCAUCCUACUAUUCACAAAUCCUUAUAGGUGUGGCUUUGUUUCUUUCUGUGUAAUAGAUGUUGAGUGUUGUUCUCACUGUGAAUGUUCCCAAAGUGUUAUUUCCUGUGAAUCCAAAACUGUCAUAUUAUAGGUGAGUAUCACUGAGGAUAUUUAUUGUAUUGUUAUGUUUAAAAUGAAAUAAUAAACAUAACAUAAUACGA